GCCAUUCUUUGGGCUGUCACCAGCAAGCCUCAGCACAUCUUGAUCUUUUCUCUCGUCUCCACUGCCGAAUAGGCGGCGGCUGACGGCCACACCUCUGUCAUCGCGGGUCCUGUAUGGUUGGAUCUGCACAUCAAACCCGGAACAGGAUCCAUCGCUUGUGCAUCGUAUGCGCAUUGCCGUCAAGGCUUCGAGAAGAACACUCUUGAAUUUCUUCUUACUGCUAGCAUCAUGAAGUUCGGGAAGCACAUCCAAAAAAGGCAACUGGAAAUUCCAGAAUAUGCCGCCAGCUUUGUCGACUACAAAGCGCUCAAGAAGCUCAUCAAGAAACUCGGCGCUACUCCAGUGAUACCACCACAGAGUGAGGGCUUUCACCAUGAAUCCCUGGAUCCGCAGUCGUCCCUACAAGCCAACAAGGCCACCUUUUUCUUCCGAGUCGAACGUGAGCUCGAAAAGGUCAACACGUUCUACCUGCAGAAAGAGGCAGAGUUGCGUCUGCGCUUGACCACGCUACUGGACAAGAAGAGAGUCAUGCAACAACACCCGCAAUCUGUCUCCAAGACAUCUUCGCGAUAUGUUGCCCUCGAAGAAGGACUAAAGCAGUUUAGCAUGGAUCUCAACAAGCUUGAGCAAUUUGUGGAAGUGAACGAAACAGCCUUCUCAAAAAUCCUCAAGAAGUGGGACAAGACGUCCAAAGUUCGUUGUCAUUACCUACGUAUCUAUCGACACUGGCUGACUUAGUGCCAGUCAAGGGAAAAGCAACUAUACCUUUCGCGCGCCGUCGAAGUCCAGCCAUGCUUCAACCGAGAAGUCAUCAGCACAUUGUCCGACCAAGCAACCCAGGCACUCCUUGAUUUUUCGGGAUGGGCUGAAGGCGAAGGGGUACAGGCACCCCAUCCUGCAGCCGAGCCGCGCGUCUCCGAACCUGCAUUCGAAGCGAAGCUCGAGCUUGACAACCAAUUUGUGCAAGCUAUCAACACCGCGAACGAAGGCAAGAUCGAGGAGUGUUU